UGAAUGGAAUUUCAAAAAAUAGGAAAAUUCAUAACACUCAGAGAUUCAUAUCACAAUCAUUUAGUACUACAUCCACAACGUGAACCUGGUAAUUUUAUAAUAAAAGCAAUAUGGUUACCUGGUUCACAAACACAACUUGCAUUAAUAACUGCUGAUUUUGUUAAAAUAUAUGAUUUAGGAAAAGAUGCAUUAAGUCCACAAUAUUAUUUUCUUGUACCAAUUGGUAAAAUACGUGAUUGUACAUUUGUACAUACUGAUAAUGGUAUAUUUUAUUUAUUAUUAAUGUCAUCAGCUGGUUAUAUAUAUAGUCAAGCAAUGAAUGAUGAAAGUUCAGCAAAACAUGGUCUAUUUUAUGUUACAAAUACACUUGAUGUUUAUCAUCCAGAAAUUAAAGAUUAUGGACAAAUUGGAGGUGGUGGUGUAUCAAUAUAUUAUUCACAUACAUUACAAUUAUUAUUUUUUAGUUAUACAUGUGGUAAAAGUUUUAUUGCACCAUUAAAAGUUAUGGAUGCUGAUAUAACAACUGUAUUUAUGAUUACAAUACAAAAUAAUAAUAAUAAUAGUGGUAAUAAUAACAAUAACAACAAUAAUAAUAAUAAUAAUAAGCCAAGUACAAAUAAAUCAAAUAAUAAUCAAUCACAACCAUAAUGUCAAUGGAGUGAAGUUGCUAAUCAUCCAGGACUUGUAUGUUCAGUACUUCAAGCAACAAAUAAUCCAGUAAUAUUAAUGAUUAAACCAGAUACAAUAUUAAUUCAUGAAAUUAAAGUUGUACCAAAAGCAAGAAUAAUGGAUAUGGUUGCAAUACGUCAUCCAAGCUCAAAUUCAGAUCAUAGAACAACUUUAAUAUUACUUUGUGAAGAUGGUAGUCUUAGAAUUUAUAUGGCUGCAAUGGAAAAAACAGGCUAUUGGAUGUCAUCAAAAAUUCAACCAAUUGGAUCAUUAACUUGUAUGAAACAAAUUAGAAAAAAAAAAUCAACAAAAACUGGUAAAUUAGCUGGUACAAUAACAUUUCCAAUUGAUUUCUUUGAACAUUGUCAAAUAAUGAAUGAUGUUGAAUUUGGUGGUAAUGAUUUAUUACAAAUUUAUAAUGUUGCACAAAUUAAAAAUCGUUUAAAUACAACUGGUAUGUAUGUUGUAUCAACAAAAUCAAUUGGUUUUAAUAUUGAAAUAACAAAUAAUGAUCCAACAUUAGUUAUGACUGGUGUUAGAGUACAAUUAGGAAGUCAAAAUGUACAAAGAUCACCACUAUAUAUUGAAAUAUUUGGUAGAAGUAUUAGAACACCAUCAACACGUAGUCGUUGGUUUGAUAUACCAUUAACAAGAGAAAAAAGUCUACAAGCUGAUAAAAGAUUAACAAUAACAUUUGGUUUAUCACAAGAUCCAGAUGUUAUUAUGGUUGAUUCAAUCAAAAUUUAUGGUAAAACAAAAAAUUCAUUUGGAUGGCCAGAAGAAACAGAUGAUAUACCAACUAGACAAAAUGUUUUAGCAGCAACAGCAUCAUCAUCAUCGUCAUCAUCAGCUGCAGCAGCAGCAGCAGCAACAGCAUCUGGUACAUCAACAAAUAAUGAUAAUGAAAGUACUGUUGCAUUACCUUCAUCAUUAGCAUCAAUUGAAAAAUCACCAAAAGAUUCAGCAAAUAUUGAAAAAAUGAUAUCAAGUAUAUUAGAAGUUUUAGAAUCAUCAUUUACACUUAGUGCUGGUGAUGAAACAAAAUUACCAUUAAAAACAACAGCUAUUGAUGUAGCAUCAAGUUUAUUAACACUUCCAACAUCACCAACAGUACAAUUACAUACAACAGCUCUUUUAACAUCUUUACAUAAUUCUAAAAAUACUUAUCAUUCACACAAAGAUCAUGUACUUCUUACUCAUGUUUUUGAAUCAUUAAAAACAAUGCGUAAUUUAAGUGAAACAUGGAUGGAUGCUGAAAAUUUUUAUCGUCUUGUAUUAAUUGUACGUGGUAUUGCAAUUUCAAGACCUCAUAAUUUAGCUAAAUUUAUUUAACAAUGUGAAAUAAAGCCACUUGAUGAAAGUGAAAUAUUAAUAUUUGAAAAUCAAAGAAUUGAUAAAUUACAAAAUCGUCAUAAAGAUGUCAAUACAGAUCAACAACAACAAACUGAUGGUGAUGAUGAUAAUCAACAUUUAAUAUUUUUAUUAAUUAAUAUUUUUUGGACACUUUAUUUUGUUUAUCCAAAAAAUUUAGCACUUGCACCAGUUGUUGUACCUGGUCUUAAACAUACAGAAACAAUAACUUAUGCAUUAGUUGAAAUAAUUCAUGCAUUCACAAUAACUGAAUUAAAUAAUUGGAAUUGUGGUUUAACAGCUAAACUUUAUUUACAAUUUCUUUUAUCAUCAAAUAUUGCAAUAAGUUAUAGUGCUAAACAGGCAAUUGUUAGAAAUUUACAGCUAGAUGCAAGAUAUAAACGUCGUAGAAUAUGUGUACAACCAAGUCCACCACCUUUAUGUGGUACAAAUACAUCAUCAAUUAAAGAAAUUGAUGAAAAUCAAGAUAAACAAAUGUCAGAAGUAUCAAAUCAAGAAGAACAAAAUAAUCAAUUUGAUGUUGAUGCAAUUGAACCAAUGGCAUUACUUGGAGCUGAUGGUAUUGUUGGAAAUCAAUUACAAGAAGCUGGAGGUAUUAUGCCAAAUCCUCUUGAAUCAUUUCUUAGUCCUGAAGGAUUACAACAAUUUUUUGCAUUACCACCAGAUGCAGAUGAUGAAGCAAUGGAAUUGGCAAUUGCAUUGAGUCUUCAAGAUCAUGAUGAAACAGCAGCAGCAGCAGCAGCAAUCAAAUUGCCUGGUAAUCAAGAAUUAAUUGAAAAUUAUUCUGAUGCUACUACAUCAGGUGGCGGAUCAGAUGAUGAAGGUGGAUCACCUGAUACAACAACAGCAGCAGCAGCAACAGUAGCAGUAACAGCAAUACCACCAAUUAGAAAUAAACGUCCCAGUGAUAGAUUAAAUGACAAUGAUAAUAAUAAAAGUGAUCAAAAUAAUCCGGGACCAAGUUAUUUACAUGAAGAAAUAAAUGAAUCAUCACCUGGUACUUUUGGAACAGCUAUUAAUUCAUCAAGAGUAACAAUCAAAAAUCAAGAUAAUAUUGAAGAAAUAAUAACAAUAAAAGAAGCUACACCACUAAUUGAACCAGAACCAACAGAAGUUACAACAAAAUUACAUAAUGUACAAUUAUCAUUACUUGAACAUUUUAUGGAUUUUAUUCCUGAAUUAACAAAUGUUUCUGGUGCAUUAUCAAUACCAUUUAUGCAAGUUUUAUUAAUGCUUACAACUGAUCUUGAUGGACAUGAUGAAAGAGAUCGUUUAUUAAUUGAAAAACUAUUACAUAUACUUGUAAAACAAUUGGAAAUUGAAAAACCAGUUGAUACUGAAGAAAUAGCAAAACGUACAAAUAAAAGAGAAGUACAACUUGUUAUAAUGCGUUUAUUAAGUGUAUUAAUGUCACGUUCAAAAUGUAGUAGUAAAUCAUCAACAUCAUCAACAUCAUUAGAAAGUUUAGGUUUUGUAUCACAAAUGAGCGCUGAAAUAUUAAGUAAAUAUGGUGUUAUUGAUCAUUGUUUAUCAUUAUUAACUGAAUUAUUAAAAUAUUGGAAAACAACAACGAUUGAUGAUCCAGGUACAAUAAUAUGUGGACAAUUAUUAAAAGAACAUAUGACAACAUCACCACCAGAUAUGUCACCAUUUUUCUUACGUCAAUAUGUACGUGGACAUGCAAAUGAUGUUUUUGAACCAUAUCCACAAUUAUUAACUGAAAUGACACUACGUUUACCAUAUCAAGUAUAUAAAUAUAGUGCUGAAAAUAAUAUAUCAAUUCAAUCAUUAUUUGAUCAACAAGCAUGGCAUUUUUAUCUUUGUGAAUAUAUGAUGUUAUAUCAAACACCAUUUAUACGUCGUCAAGUUAGAAAAUUAUUACAGUUAAUAUGUGGUAAUAAAGAAAAAUAUCGUCAAUUAAGAGAUUUACAUGCACUUGUAUCACAUAUUGAAUCAGUUAAAAUUUGUUGUAAUGGUGGUGGUGGUGGUGGUGUUAGUACAACUGAUAUUAUACAACAAAAUUCAAUUAAUUUAUUAUAUGAUUCACUUGUUGAAUUAAUUGAACACUUGAAAUGUUGUGUUGAAAUAGCAACAACAAGAACUGGUAAUUGGCAACGUUUUUGUUUAAAACAAAAUACCGUACUAUCUUAUUUAUUUAAAAUAUCAACAUUACUUGAUGAGGGUGUUAGUCCAACUGUAUUACAAUUAUUACAAUGUGCAAUUUGUUCAACAACAAAAUUAAAAGAAUCGAAUACUAUUAGUAAUAAUAAAACAAAUAAAAAUGAUUCGAAAAAAGAUAAUAAUAAUUCUUCAACAUCAUCAACAACAGCAGCAGCAACAACAUCAACAAAAGAAUGGCGUGAUCGUGCAAAAUCUGAAGAUUCUGAUAUUGAAGCUAAAUUUGAAGAAACUCAAUGUGUUAUAUUAGUUGAACAAGUACAAAAACAAGUGUCAUCAGUGUUGUUGAAAAAAUUUAUAAAAUCAUUUUUAUUAGAAACAAAUAAUACAAAUGUCAGAUGGCAAGCACAUUCAUUGAUAUUAGCAAUAUAUAAAAAUAGUGGUUCAUCAGAUCAAGAAAUAUUAUUAGAUUUAUUAUGGAAAUUAUGGCCAUAUUUACCAGCAUAUGGACGUAAAGCAGCACAAUUUGUUGAUUUACUUGGUUAUUUUUCAUUAAAAACACCUGAUACUGAUAAAAAAAUGCCAACAUAUAUGGAACAAGCUGUAUCAGUAUUACAUACACAAAAUCAAUUAUUAUCACGACAUCCAAGUGCAAAUUUAUAUACUGUACUUGCACAAUUUGUUGAGCUAGAUGGUUAUUAUUUAGAGAGUGAACCAUGUCUUGUUUGUAAUAAUCCAGAAGUACCAAUGUCAACAAUUAAAUUAUCAUCAAUGAAAGUUGAUGCUAAAUUUACAACAACAACACAAAUUGUUAAACUUGUAUCAAGUCAAACAAUUAGUAGAAUAUUACUUAGAAUUGGUGAUUUAAAAAAAACAAAAAUGGUUAGAACAGUUAAUGUUUUUUAUAAUAAUCGUUCAGUACAAGCUGUUAUUGAAUUAAAAAAUAAACCAACAAUGUGGCAUAAAGCUAAAUAAAUAACAUUAGCACAAGGACAAACAGAAGUUAAAAUGGAAUUUCCAUUACCAAUAAUUGCAUGUAAUUUAAUGAUUGAAUAUGCUGAUUUUUAUGAAAAUAUACAAGCAUCAUCAGAAACAUUACAAUGUCCAAGAUGUUCAGCAAGUGUACCAGCAAAUCCUGGUGUAUGUGCAAAUUGUGGUGAAAAUGUAUUUCAAUGUCACAAAUGUCGUGCAAUUAAUUAUGAUGAAAAAGAUCCAUUUUUAUGUCAUGCAUGUGGUUUUUGUAAAUAUGCAAAAUUUGAUUAUACAUUAACAGCACGUCCAUGUUGUGCUGUUGAUCCAAUUGAAAAUGAUGAAGAUCGUAAAAAAACAGUUGCAACAAUAAAUACAUGGUUACAAAAAGCUGAUCGUUCAUAUAAAACAUUAACAGCACAUAAACCAACAUUAGACAUGUUUUUAAUGAAAAUUGCUGAACAUAGAACAGAUAAUCGUGGUGCUGAAGAUAUUGUAUUACAAAUAUCUGGUAGUACACAAGUUAAUAGAACAAUACAACUUUUAGCACAAAGAUAUUGUGGUGAUUGUAAAACAUCAUUUGAAGAAUUAAGUACAAUAACACAACGUGUUAUUGCAUGGCGUAGAGAACUUGUUGCAUAUGAUAGAAAACAACGUGGUCAACAACAACAGCAAUCAUCAUCAUCAACAACAUCAACAGCAAUAACAUAUGAUGAUAAUGAUGAUGAUAAUAAUAAAAAAGAAGAAGAAAAAAUUGUUGCUGUUGGUGGUAAAUGUUAUGGUUGUGCAAUUGCUGCAACUGAACAUUGUUUAACAUUAUUACGUGCAUUAGCAACAAAUAAUAUUGCUAAAGAAGUAUUAUGUAAACAAGGAUUAAUACAAGAACUUGUUGAACAUAAUUUAAGAAGAGGUACAAUACAAGUACAAGAUGAAGUACGUCAAUUAUUAUGUAUUGUUACUAAAGAUAAUAAUCAAUCAACAAAAGAAUUAUGCUCAUUAUUAAUGUAUAGAAUAACAAUGACAUUAAAAGGAAGAAUUAGUACAUUAGAUUUAGCAAUGGCUGUUAGACAUGAAAUGUCAUUACUUGCUGCACUUGUACAAAAAGAUGAUUCAUGCUGGGAACAAAAAUUACGUUGUGUUAUGCAGCUGUUUUUAAUGGCAUGUAAAGAAUCAAAAAGUCCAGUUGUUAUGGAAAGUCUUAUUUUACCAUGUUUAAAAAUAUUACAUAGUUUAAUAAAACCAGAUCAACCAACAUCGAAAAAAAAUAAAGAUAAAACAAUUAAUUCAUUGGCAACAAUACAACCACCACCAGAAGGUGUAAGUAUUGAUGUUGCUAAAUGGCUAAAUGGUGAUUCAAAACAUUCAUUUACUGAAUGGUUACAAAAAAUCAAUAAUAAUAUUAAUAAUAAACCAAUGAAACGUGAAGAAGCAAGAAUAAUUUAUUUAAUGGAAAAAUAUGGUUAUCGUUGGUAUUAUCGUUGUACACGUUUACGUGAAAUACAACCACUUAAAUUAGUAAAUGGUGCUUGGCUUAAAGAAGUAUUAUUUAAUCCAAGUUCAAGACUUGCACGACAAGUUGCUUGUAAUAUGGUUGAAAGUUUAUGUCAAGGUAAUGAAAGAAGAAAAAAAAUAUUAAUAUUAUUAACUGGUUAUCUUGAUGAAUUAAGAAAUGCUGGUGAAAAUUCAGCUGAAUUUUUAUUUUUAUAUCAAACACUUAUACGUCAAUCACCAUGGAAACAAUUUUUAGCUGUACGUGGUGUUAUGACAAAAUUAGCAAAUUUAUUAAUACGUGAAAUUGAAGAAUUACAUCGUCUUGAAAAAACAACAUUAACAAGUGAUUUAUCACAAGGUUAUUCAUUAAAAAUGUUGACUGAAUUAUUAGCAACAUUUUUAGAACAAGAUAAUAUUAAACAACAAUAUAAAGGAAGAUUAGUUGGUGCUGUAUUAAAUGGUUAUUUAUCAUUAAGACGUUUAGUUGUACAACGUACAAGACUUAUUGAUGAUACACAAGAAAAAUUACUUGAAUUAUUAGAAGAAAUGACAUCUGGAACUGAAGAAGAAACAAAAGAAUUUAUGGCUGUAUGUGUUGAAACAGUAAAAAAAUAUAGUCCACAAGAUUUAUUAACACCUGUAUUUGUAUUUGAACGUUUAUGCUCAAUAAUAUAUCCAGAAGAAAAAGAUAUUGGUGAAUUUUUUUUAACACUUGAAAAAGAUCCACAACAAGAAGAUUUUUUACAAGGUAGAAUGUUGGGUAAUCCAUAUAGUAAUUUAGAGCCUGGUAUGGGACCAUUAAUGCGUGAUGUUAAAAAUAAAAUAUGUCAAGACUGUGAAUUAGUUGCAUUACUUGAAGAUGAUAAUGGAAUGGAAUUACUUGUUAAUAAUAAAAUAAUAAGUUUAGAUUUACCAGUUAAAGAUGUUUAUAAAAAAAUAUGGGCACAUGAAGGUGGUGAAUGUGAUGCUAUGAGAGUUGUAUACAGAAUGAGAGGUUUACUUGGUGAUGCUACUGAAGAAUUUGAUGAAACAUUAAAUGCAACAACACAACAAGAAGUUAAUAAUGAAGAAGUAUAUAAAAUGGCAAAUGUAUUAGCUGAUUGUGGUGGUUUACAAGUUAUGCUUAAUUGUUUAUCUGGUAUUAAAGAUAUUUGCCGUGCAAAACCAUUAUUACAAGUUUUAUUAAAACUAUUUCGUUUAUCAGUUAAAGUUAAAAAAAAUCAACAAGUAUUAAUUAAACCAGAAAUUGGUGCUGUUACUGUUUUAUUACAAGUAUUACAACGUUGUUUAUCAAAUGAAUCACUUGAUUCAUCACAAACACAAGCUAAAAUAACUGAACAAUUACUUGAUAUUAUGGAAACAAUACUUGCAAGUGCAACAUCACAACCAUUAAAAUAUUUUGAAAAAUUUUCAAGAACACUUGGUGGACCAGAACAUGUUAAUGCAUUAUUAAAAUGUACACAAUUAUCAACAGUACGACAAAGUAAUAAUGUAUUAAUACAUUUAGCUAGAGUUGUUGCUGCAUUAACAUAUGGUAAUACAGAAAAAAUGACAGUACUUUGUGAUUAUUUUAAGCCAGUAUUAAAUUUUUAUGAAUUUGAUUUUGAGCAUACAAAUGAAGAUAAACAAAAACUUGAAUUAUUUUGUAUAUUAACACAAGGUAUUGAAAAAAAUUCAAUUGGUAAUACACUUAAAGAUAUGGGAAUUGUUAAAGAUGCAUUUGAAUAUAUAACAGUAUAUGCACCAUGUGUUAAACCAACAUUAUUACGUACUGAUUCAGAUGAACUUAAAGAAUUUAUAUCAAAACCAGCAUUAAAAUAUAUAUUACGUUGUUUAACUGGUCUUGCUAGUGAACAUGAACCAACACAACUUGCUGCAACACCACCAACAAUAUCAAUAAUACAUCGUCUUGAACAAGUAUCAUCUGAUGAACAUGUUGGUUCACUUGCUGAAAAUUUACUUGAAGCAUUAUGUACUAAUAAAAAAGUUGCAAAAUUAAUUGACGAAGCACGUCAACAUACUAAAAGUGAAAAAAAACGUUAAGCAAUGGCUAUGAGAGAAAUACAGCUUGGUGCACUUGGUAUGCGUACAAAUGAUAAAGGACAAGUAACAGCAUCAAGUAGUGGUACAAUAUUACAACAAAUGAAAGAUCUUGGUGAUGAAAGUGGUCUUGUUUGUGUUAUUUGUCGUGAAGGUUAUAAAUUUAAACCAAAUAUGGUUUUAGGAAUUUAUACAUUUACAAAACGUUGUAAUGUUGAAGAAUUUGAAAUUAAAACACGUAAAACAAUUGGUUAUACAACAGUAACACAUUUUAAUGUUGUACAUGUUGAUUGUCAUAUGUCAGCAGUACGUUUAGCAAGAGCAAGAGAUGAAUGGGAAAGUGCUGCAUUACAAAAUGCAAAUACAAAAUGUAAUGGUUUAUUACCAUUAUGGGGACCACAAGUACCUGAAUCAGCAUAA